AUGGGGUUUUCACUCUGGUUUGUCCUUAUACCUUUGCUGUUGGCGGUUAGCGUUGCCAUUGCCAAACAAGAUGGCGCUUGUGACCCGGAACGCCUCACACCCCAGUUCCUCCGCGACGACACAAACCACUGCGUCUUUUACCAGUGCGAGUACCAAGGCACGUCAUACCUCCGCGCCGUCAAACUGGAGUGCCCCUUAUUCAACAGGGUACCCAGCCGAUACGGGAAAACUCCUCGCUAUCCCGACGACUCAUAUCCCUGUUCUAUCUACUCAAGGAAAAACACCCUGUGCGAGCUGGAAAAUCAAGAAUGGACUACGUGGUCACCCUGGGGAUCCUGCUCAGAAAGGUGCGGGGCCGGAUAUCAGUACAGAACCCGUAGAUGUUUGGGAGGCGUUGAUUGCCCUGGUGAUUUAAUGGAGAAGAGGGAAUGCGUGGGUGAAUUAUGUCCAGACAUUGAUACCCCGGCAGACUCCAAGAUUUAGAGCAAUGCAACACUGGCGUAUUCUCAAGAAGUUUACACAAAAUGAAACAAAUAACAGACCUUUGAAAAAUAAGAAUUGGUGACCCGUAUGACUAGAAAAUUUAGCUUUUUGGGUUAACUGUAUGUUAAUACACAUUGUACAUCAAUAGUGAAUAUCAGUGAUAAACAUAACUGUUAACAUGUUAUUAAGACACAUUAACCAGUUGUACAUGUACCGGUAACAAGUAAACUAGGACAACAUGCUUAUUUUUUAUACGAGAUGAAUUAAGCCAGUUUACGCAUCAAUACAGAUUUCUCAUUGUGUUAGUUGAGACAUAAACUGAAAUUGGUAUUUCACACUAUUAUACUAUUUGCAUUGUUAAUCGUUUCCUGUACCUUUAGAAUUAUAUUAUAUUAUAUUAUUGACACACUUAUGAAAAAACUGUGUUUCACUCGAAGCUCAGUCUGACAUGUGGAAGCAGUAACAUAAAUAUUUGUUUUCUUAAUUUUUGUAAUAAACAGUUCACAAGUAUCGACAAAGAAUGCGUUUUGC